AUGGGCUCCCACGACUCGAUUCCAAAAUCACCGACUCGGAUACCUCGACCGACUUUCAUGGCUACAUCUCCACGGACCCCUUCCAUUCGUGCUGUACCAUACAGCCACACCGCCCGGACUGCCCCUGCUUCGCGGGCGUCUGGAAGAUAUUCGCCAUCCAGUUGGCCGUUCCCGAAAUCAGAAGAAUCCUCAUCCUUGGAGCUGCCGCUCGCACCCGCACCGCAUCACAAGGCGCAAGGUGUGAACGAUGAUAUGAAGCGCACCGCGAGUAUGCGAUCCAGCCACAGAGCCACGGCUUCGGCGGCCAGCUCAUUGACGGCGACUGGCGGUAUUAUUCAGGCUGCGCGCGACGAAACUUCGCGAGGUCAUGUUCGCGCAGAAGCGUCUUUCCAUUCGGUCGAAACCCAGAUAUACGCCCCGAAGCCUGAUGAAAGCGGCAUGUCCGCCGAGUGCUCCCGUCUAAGCCACGCCAAGGGGCCGCUUCUCCAGCCCACAGAUGGGGUUCCUGAGCGGCCUAUGACGCCGACUCCGUAUUCGGUCCUGCGAAAGAUAUCUGAGGCUUCCCAUCUGGAGACUGGAGAGGAGGCGGCUAAGGCUGAGGACGACCAACACUCGAUGCCGCAAGCAGAAGAGAAUCAAGAGAACGUGAAUAUGAAACUGGCAGGCCUCAGCCCGGAAGAGUCGGUGACCGGUGACCGGCCUGACAAAGACACCGGCGGCUUGCGGACCGCGAGCCGCGUUGAAGCGGCUCUAAAUUCGCCCGUCUUGCGGGACGAGGAAGGCCGGGUGCUGUCGAGGGUGCACCCGCCAUUUAGGACAAACGGAAGCAGCAACGGAACCGGACCUGGUCUCGAUACCAAUGAUGACAGUACGUGCAGUGCACAAGCCGAGUACGGAGGUUCAGACAUUGGGACCGCCACGGGCGCGUCCCAAGGCAUCAUACUCCUGGGGCCGGCAGAAGACACGAAAGCCGCGGCCGGGGUUGGCAAAUCGGCGAGAAACAACAGCGCUCACUCGCGGAGACCGAUGACAGUUCACGGCGAGAUCCCCGAUAUUGAGUCUCUCCGCCGUGGCCCGAGGAUCCGCCACAGCCGCCUGCCCCCGAGUCCCAGCAUGGCGGCGAACGCUGGAUGGAGUAUACCGCGAGGCACGAAGGAGCUGUGGGGUGUCCUGGGCCGUCUGCGCAAGAUGAUGCUCGCCUCGGCCAUUCUGUUGGAGCUGUGCAUCCUGAACCUCGUCUCCAGCGUUACUGCUGUCAUCGUCACCCACAUCGAGCAGGGAUACGCUGGCAUCGGCCUAGUGGCCUGGGCAGCUGUGAGCGGCGUGUUGGUUCUGACAUUUGCUGGGCUGUUGGGAAUCGGCUUCCUUCAACAUCAGAAAACGAGAAAGGACCUGGUCUCCGGGGAGAAUUGGAUCGAAAUGCAUCUUCGGUCCAGACCUCUCCCUCCGCGGCCCCAGAGCGAGCAGCGCAACCAAGACAGCGGCGCCACAGAGGCGUGGCAAAAGUUCGUCCGGGACCACGAGCAACUCCGCCGAUACGUUGAGUUCCUUGAGAGCCGCAUUGGUGUUCUCGAGGAGGGUCGACAGACCGCUGACCAGCAGAACAACGGUUCCGAAGCCGACCCAACCGGAACCAGGGACAGUGCGGCCAGCAACAUUAACAAUGAGAACAACAUGUGCCCAUCCAGCCAGCCGCACAACGACCAGGACGCACUGAAGGAGGCGACAGUGUUGCGGGGCUCCUCAUCCCGUCGCCAGCUACUUCAGUCGGAAGGUUCGGUCCCUGAAUCCAAAUCCUGGGGAGACUGCAGUAAUAAGGGCGUCAUCCCAAGUUCCGACACCAAGACGAGCAUUCUCACAGAAUUGUGCGAAGCCGUUACGCAGGGAUACAGCCCCCUAUCUGAGCAGAUGCGUGGUGGAUCGUCCCCCUUUUCCCAUAACUCCAAUAACGACACACCUUCCGCUCGACCGCGGGGCAGCACUCUCCGGCCCUUUGCCUUGCCGAGCAAGACUGUCAUCUACUAG